CUCUCUCUUUCUCUCCCGAAUUCUGAUUCUUGUCUCAUGAAAAUGUAUGUUCCAUACCAGUAGAAGCUUUCGAUUUAUGAACCUUCAUUCAUCUUCAUCCUCCAUCCUCAUCUCUAUUCUUCUUCCCUCAUCUUCUUCUAACUUUAAAACUUAACCUCAACUUCUCAAACAUUUUCAUCUACUUUUUCCUCUCACUCUCUUCAUCUUCCCAUCAUCUUCUCAUCCACCGAAUAUCAAAAACAAACUUUACCUUUAUCGUCUUUCAAAUAUUCAUCAUCUCUGAUAUAAAAUAGCAAAGAAAGAGGAAAAUUUCCCUCUUCUUGCCAAUAUCAAAGUUUCUAUCCUCAUCAUCCUUUAGUAGCUCAUUCAGAAUCAUUUAGCAUCCUCAUCAUCUUCUUGUGAAUAACAUUCUUGUGUUAAAUUGUGUGAAUUUAACUUCCUCAUGUGUCUUCAUCAUCAUGUUACCAUGAAAAAGGAUUCUUCCUGUUUCCAUGAUGAUAAUAUAACAAUAAUAUCUUUAUGUGACCAGUUCUAAUAUUCAUCAACUCACAAUCUAAUCUUACACAAUUAAAGCUUAUUAAAGUUUCACCCAACAGUUAAAUCAAAUUACAAUCAAUCAACUGAACAAAUUGUUAAUUGUUGCACGAACAAAAAAAUUUCUCUUUCCAUCUAAAACUAAAACUAAAACUUUAAUUUCCUUUUAAUUUCGCCUUAUUAACUUAAUACAAUUAAACAAAAAUCAAAUCAAAUUAAAUCAUAAUUAUAUUAAACCAUCACAAUUUUGAACCAGUUAACCAAAUAAUAAUUAACACUAAAUCAUCAAAUUAAUCAGAAUUCAAGUUAAAUAUAAAGUUUCAAAUUUGUUGUUAUCAAUUGAAAAAAAAAUCACUCCCAGUUAACAAAAUCCCAACAAUUUCAAUUCCAAUUAGUAACAAUUAACUAAUUGAAUCAUUGAUGAAAGUGAAAUAAGAUUAGUGAUGAAAUUGUUGCUGAUUUAGUUGAUCAACUAAUCCUAAUGGUUUCAUUCAAAUUGUUACACCGUCCUUACAAUUGAAAAUCAACAAUGAUCACCAUAUCAUCCUCAUCCUCAUCCUCAUCCUCAUCCUCGUCAUCAUCAUUAUCAUCAAUGUCAUCAUAUAAUAUCAUCUGUAAUGUUAUCUUAAUGGUAACAACUUUAACAACAUUGAAUGAAGCCAAACAUAAUGGGAUUAAUGGCUUACACAAUUUAAAUGAUCAAGUUAAUAGUAAUGAUAAUAAAUACCGUUAUUCAUUUUACUCAUCAUCAUUAUCGUCAUCAUCAGAUUUUCAAUGGAAACCUCAUCUAUUAUUAGGAAAUACUCCAAGUUCAACAAUAACUCAUUCAAAUUUAAUCAAUUUUAAUCAUAUUAAUAAUAAUGUUGAUCAUUUAGUAGGUAAAACUUUAAAUAAUAAUAAUAAUCUUAAUUCAAUAUCUUUAUCAACCUCUACUUCAACCUCAACCUUAUCCUCAUCUUCACCAAGUUCAACAAUGUUAACUGAAAAUUAUCAACAAACAAACAGAAACAAGAAAACUAAUAAAACCAAUCAAUCAACUAAAUUGUCGUCAACACGAUUAAUCAGUAAAAGAUCAUCAACUGAUUCAUUACCUAAUCAUGUAAUCCGUGAUUCUUGUUCAGAUGAUUCUGAAUGUAUUUCAACUAAAACUCGUUGCAUGGUGAAACAAGGUCUCUGUGGAUGUAAUCAGGGCUAUAUAAUUGUUGAUCUAGUUACAUCAAGUUACAUGGAUUUAUCAUCGUCAUCAUCUCUCUCACCAUCACCAUCUUUAGGUUCACCUUCAUCAUUAUCAUCCUCAUCUCAAUAUGUAUCCAAAUUUUGCUACAAAUUGAAACAUAAUGGUGAACAUUGUGAACACUCAGCUCAAUGUUUUGUUCCCCAUGCUACAUGUGACCGUAUUAAUCCACCAAUUUCAAAUAAUCAAUCAGGAAUCUGUAAAUGUAAACAAGGUUACAAUGAACAAGCUGGCAAUGAGAUGCUAGAUGUCGGUGGUAGCGAGAAAAAAACUGAACGAAUCUGUGUUCCCGUUUUAAUCGUAGUAAACAAAACUUAUAUCAAAAUAACCGUUGCCCUUUCCGUGUUAACGAUAUUGGCACUUUUAGCUUGUGCCGUUAUUGUGAUCAAAAUAAAGCGUAAUAAACGUCGAGCUCAAACGGAAACCUCGGUAGCCACAAGUCUCAAUGGUCCACCCAAUUAUCCAGGUCAAGGUCCCGAUGGACAAAGAUAUCUUCGAGAUCUGGGUAAUCCACCGCCCAUGGGAUCAGCUGAGGCUGAAUUUCAAAAUGAUUUUAUUCAAGUAUUUCCAAUGCACCAUUUGGAACCAUGUCCAGAAAAAAAUAUGACCGCAUUGAUAAUGCAAUAGGAUAAAAUUGUCAUCGUCAACAUUUCUCUCUCUCUCUCUCUCUCUCAUGGUUUAUUGCCAUUGUCAUCAUCGUCAUAUAAUCUCAUUAUCACAAUUUUAUCUCAAUUAUUAUUACAAUUAAAGAAAAGAUAAAAUUGAAAUAAAAUAAAAAAUUUAUAUCAAUCAAUUGAAAUGGAAAGGGUUCAACUGAAAACUCAAACGUAAAUGAAUUUAAUUCAGUUGUUUGUUUCUCUUCCCAUUCUCCAUUCUCAAUCAAUUGAUUUGCUGAUUGUUACGAUUAACAUGAUUGGAAAACUGUUAAUUUCCUGAUUAGGUAAACAAUUCAAAUCAAGAAACAAUUAAAAUUCAGGAUGUUAUGUUUUUCCAAUAUCAAAUAACAUCAACACCAUGAAGACGUUAAAAAUAAUUCCAAUUGAAAAGAAAACGAAUCUGAAACUAUUUCAAUCCAACUUUUUUUCCUCACUCACCUUGCCCUUUCUUGACCCUUAAGUCCAUCUAAUUGUAAUCUAUUUCAUGAAUGUAAUUAACUAAUUAACAGAAAAUGAAAAUGAAAAUUGUUCUCUCCUUUUCUUUAUGUUGUUGAAUAAUAUUAAUUCCAAAUCAAUUCUGCUGACCAAUGAAAACGAAAAGAUUAAACUGAUUAACUGAUUAACUAUUGAAAAAAACCAAAUGAAACAAUUGAUGAUCAAUUUAAUUUUAUUCUUGUCCAAUUAAAUUAAUUCACUUUUGGCAAGAUUUUUGAAUGAAAAGUUGUUACAAUUGGAAGAGAGUAAAUUUAAAAUUGUAUAAUCCUUGAAAUGUGAAUGAAAAUGUUUGUUGUUGAUUAAAAGCUUUUGCUAAUUUAAUUGUCGUCAUUUCAUGGUUGUUGAUUAAGAGGUUUUAAUUAAUUCACAAGUAGUAAAAAAGAAAACAACAAUUAAAAAAAGGUUACAAGAUAAAUUUAAUUAAAUCCAAGAAUAAAACUGAACACGAGUUACUAAAAAUAAGAAAUUAACUUGAUUCAAAUUGCGAGACUUGCUUUUAAUGGCCAUUAACGUGAUAGUUAAAUUGUUACAAUGAAAGUCUAUCUAAUUAUUCAUUUAAAUCAUUUGGAUUAAAUUGUGACAGUUAUACCAUUUAUUAUGCUGAGAAAACCAUUAACCAUAAAGCUAAUUUAACUUACAAGUUGCUAGUUAUUACAUUUUAGCAGCUUCGAUA